GUCGUUCUUUCUCUCACGGUCGUUGUGGUUGGAGUGGAAUAGGAAUUUCAUUACGGAGUAACCGUUGUUACGUUAACAAAUUGGGUUAUAAUUUGAAAGACGAAACUUUAUUUUUUGUGAUUCGCCUCAAAUUUUUUCGUUUUAAUUUGUACUUUAAACCGCUUAAAAUGCUUCGCCUUUGUGCUCGUCCAUUGAACAGAAAUCUGUUUCGUGUGACGAGAUUGUAUUCUACUCCAGCCGCUGCGACCAAACAUCAGCUCACACCUGAAGACAUUUUCAAGCGGGAGGACACUUAUGGCGCCCACAACUACCAUCCUUUACCAGCAGCUUUGGCAAAGGGUGAAGGAGUAUUCGUCUGGGAUGUGACUGGAAAGCGAUACUUCGACUUUCUCGCCGCUUACUCGGCUGUGAACCAAGGACAUUGCCAUCCUCGAAUUGUGAAAACGCUUCAAGACCAAGCAGAAAUCUUGACGCUGACUUCUAGAGCGUUUUAUAACGAUGUUUUGGGGGAAUUCGAAGAGUUUGCUACAAAACUUUUUGGCUAUGACAAACUACUGCCCAUGAACACGGGAGUCGAGGGAGGUGAAACAGCUUGUAAGUUGGCGCGAAAAUGGGGUUAUCAGGUGAAGGGAAUUCCAGCAAACAAAGGCAAAAUUGUCUUCGCUGAAGAGAAUUUUUGGGGAAGGACGUUAGCCGCGGUGUCAUCGUCAUCUGAUCCAGACUGUUACGGUGAAUAUGGUCCUUUUAUGCCAGGCUUUGAACUCAUUCCGUACAACGACCUUGCUGCUUUGGAGGUGAGUGUUGUGAUUAUCAUCAGACACUAGUUCAGUGCCACGUGUUCUUAAACUAGAAAUGUAGAGAAACGGGUGUGUUAUUACAAACACUCUCCCUGAAUGUUCCUCCUUAUCGCAUUGUCGUGUUAAAAAUAUAUGAAAAGACCUUAAAUUCUCGAGGUAACACUUUUCAGUUAUCCUUUUCCAAUAAAGAAACCCCCUAUUUAUUGCUAAAAAUCAAAAUAAGCGCCCAAUUAAGGGAACAAUCUUUGAGACAAUGAAAAGAGUUCCCUAAAUAUAGAUGUGCCCUCAAUGAAUGAAACCAAUAAAAAGGUUACACAGAACUUCUGCUUAGGUGAUACAAUAAAAAUAGACCAUAGAGAGAAUAUAAGAAUACAAAGGUCACAAGGAGUCUGCCUUGGAAUUGGGGUGGGGAAGAGGGGGUGUGCACCUUUGAGUGAGGGUAACAGCUACAAACAUAAUGUGGAACCUCUUUCUAGAGGAAACCCUUUGCACCUGAGUAAGGUCAACCAUGAAGGGAUGGAAACUUCAGUUAGGGAACAUCUGCUAGACUGUGAUAAAUGUUGGGGAUUGGCAAUUAGGGAUCACCUUCAAUGAGGGUAAUUGAGAGAAGUGAGGUAAAAAGGGUUAUUGCACUUAAAUUACUCCUUUGUUCAAGGCUGUGUUCUAGCAGUGCCUGGUCACCUCAAGGGACUAACAUUUGGUCCCAGGCGACUGAAAAAAUAUUCUGGUUGCCCAGCCAGGCACUCAGCCCCUUGAGUAGCAUUUGCCUCUGUGGUAAAUGAGGUGAUUGAUUGACACAUUUUUAUUUGGUUGAUUAAUAAGCAUUACUAGCAGAAAAAUAUUCUUUUGCGCAACAUGUAGUCAAAUUAUUCACAUUCAAAGAUCUUGAAGUUACUACCGCAUUUCGUUCCACAUGAUUUCACACAAACUUAAAUUACAAUAAUUAUUGAAAUAAUAGUUCGUUUCACUUCACGCAUGAUGAACUGCACAGACAUUGCAAGAAUUUGCGUUGAACACUGCAAUUUUCCUUGAGAUAAUAAAUGUCUGAUUUAUUUCAGUGUUUUGAUGGAUUUGGAAAGUGCAGUGCUUUUAUCUUUAUUUCAAACCAAGAUUCAUUCUAUAUGCAAAUAUCCAGCAAGUCAGCUUUGUUGGUAGUUGUUUAUUGAUGGCUGUGAUAAGUGACUUGCAAUUACUUUAUGAAGAUUUGGCGAGAACUGAGCUUAUAAUGAUUUCUUAUCUAGUCUUGUUUAUUUUGGUGCUUUCAAAUGAAAGUUCUUAGCAGUUUUAACAUAUCCAAGGAAGCACAAUUGCCAUUUUGAAAAACAACACAGGCUCACUGCUAAAAAUAGCUACACACUGAAAGUCUUAAUAUUCAGAGAAAGAUUUAAAAUGUAUCUUUUCCACAAUCCCUCAGCUUUCCUGCAAGUGUAAGAAUUAUUGAAAUUUAUGGUUUGAUUAAAUAUAAACUGAUUAAAACACAAAAUAAAUUAAUUAUAAAUUAUUAAUUACUAGAUUGAUUAAUUAAUUUAUUAAUUUCCUAGUUAAUUAAUUUUUGGGCAACCAACCUGGAGGGCUGGGCACCCUAGCUGGAAUGGUUAGGAGCCAUUUGGGCUCCCCAAAAAUUUUCUUAGAGCACAACCUGGUUGUUGGGUCCACUGCUUGAUUCAGCCUACUCUAAGUCAACAUGGUUUCCUUAUAUUCACUUUUUUUGAGCUUAGGACUGGUUUUCCUUGCAUUUAUAUAGAAAUCUAUAAGUGAUCCAAACACAUGUGCAUUCAUGGUGGAACCAAUACAAGGAGAGGCUGGAGUAAAGAUUCCUGAUGAUGGAUACUUGAGAGGUGUCAGAGAGCUCUGUUCAAAGUACAAGGUUAGAGCUUUACUAUGGUUUUUUUAAGUAUGGACCGUUUGUACAGUGUCUUAAAAAAAAAACAUGGAUAUUUUGGAACCUAAUUUUCAAGACCAGAAAAAAUUACAGACUGAAACUCAAGUCCUGUAAAAAGCUAAAAAUGCCUGAAGUUUUCUGCUUAGUGAAAUCCUUAUAAGGUAGGUAAAUUUUUUAAAAUAUUAAUUUGAGCUUAACAUUUUCAGAGGGUGUUUAGAAGACUACAUUUUCUAAGCAAAUGGACAAAAACUGCUAUUCAAGCUAAGUGAUUUUGCUCCCAACCUAAGUCUGAGAAAGAAGGUGUAGAAAAAAAUCAGGAAAAGGUUGUGAUCAGUAAUAAAAAAAGAAUGGCAAUCCCAAGUGUUGUUUUUCUGUUAAUGUCAAGAGCAGUAAUUUUUCCGCAGUUAAAACAUCCUGUGUUUGGAAUCAUUCCUAACUGAAAUAUCUGCUUUUGGAAUCUUAAGAGUUGAUGAUAAGCAGCUCAUUUGUUGCUUGUACUCAAUGUUUCAGGUUCUUUUCAUUGCUGAUGAAGUACAGACUGGCCUUGGGAGAACUGGAAGGUGUGUAUCUGUUUUGUUACGUUAUUUUUGUAAAAGCACUGUGUUGCAGUCAGUAUAACAUCUUGUCUUUUCUUUUUUUUAACUUAAUUUGUAAUAUUUUUUGAGAAAUGUCUUGGUAAUUUUCAUUUUCAAUCUGUACAGCACAAUGAUCAUACCUUAACUAGUAGUUAUAAAUAUCCUUUAAAUUUGUUAUAGAGCUUUAAAGUGCCAAAGCCCUGUUGCCUUAAAAAUAGUUUCACCUUUAAUUGAAACAAAUGAUGUUUUGGCCUAUGGUUGUUAUAUGCAUGAAAUGUCAUUUCUUUCACUGAAUUGGGAUUCAGUUCCUUUACGAGAAGAAAUAACCUACUAAAAUUUGUCACUCCACAUAUGACUUUGUAGCUCAGUUGGUGCAUGAUUAGUAGCAUCUAGCUAGUAUCUUGGAGGCUCAGGUUUGAAUUCCAUCAAAGCCUUAAUUUUCUCAAGGGUCUUUUCUGCAAUUUCUUUGAUUGUUGUCAUUUAAUAACAUUUUUUUAUGUUGACUUUUGUUUUUAAAUAAAUUUCUCCAUUGCAGUCAGUGUUUAUAAUCUCUGUCCUGAACCAGCCUCAUUCCUUUCAUGUCUGUUCUCAGCUCUUUGGCUUUUGCUUACCCUAUUAAUUGUUACAGCUUUGUUCCACUUGACCCUGACAUGACUCAAAAUAAAUAACUACACAGCAGUAAAUUUUUUUUGUAUUCACUCAGAACUUUGGUGGCUAAUAUCUAACAUAUUUUGUGACUUCAGGCGCUUGUGUGUUGAUCAUGAGAAUGUCAGACCAGACCUUGUUGUCCUUGGAAAAGCUCUCUCUGGUGGAGUUUACCCAGUAAGUUACAUUCAGACUUGUCAUUACAUCUCAUGUCCUUGGUCUGUCACCCCCUACACACAUUUGACUCUUUUAAUGAAACAAACCUUAAGUUAAAACCUCCUCAAUUAAAAUUUGUACCGAAUAAUUUUUGGUUUUUUGUGCUCACCAUCCUUUACUCCCUGAAUAUGUAUCAUUUUUGUACCUUUUGAUAUGGAUUUGUUAAAAAGAAUUACCUGCAUGGUCAGGUAACCCUUUUACCAAAAACAGAAAUAUUGAUGUUGGCUUACAACAAGUCUUGCGUAGUUUUAAGAUUUGAACUCACUGCUGCUUUAUAUUUUUUUGUGCUGUAAAGGAAAUUCUAUAUCAAACCCUACCUUCCUUUGAUGAAUUGUGUUUUAUUAGGUUUCAGCAGUUCUCUGUGAUGAUGAAGUUAUGCUUACCAUCAAACCAGGACAGGUAAUGCGAAAACUCUAGUCAGACAUAAUGUCAUUUUCUAUAUUUUUUCUUCCAGUAUUUAUGAAAAGAAUGCUACAUGUGCAUUAAGGUGAUCUUUGCUUUUCUUUCAGCAUGGCUCAACUUAUGGUGGAAACCCACUUGGCUGCAAAGUGGCUGUAACUGCUUUAAAAGUAAGAUAUGAAAUUAAGAUCCUGUGAAUAAAAUUCAAUCUUUGAAUCAUGAAUAUUAUCGAUAAUUAUAGUGAAUGUUUGGUUUCAUGUCGAGCUGCCUAGCUUUUUUUUCUAUUCAAGAACUGUUUGGCAAAUGCAGCAUGUUUUUUGGAAGGGAAAAGAUGAGAUGGACUUUUUUCUCAUUCAGAACCAUUCAUUGUGGUUCAGUGUAAGCUAUCUUUACCUUUUAGUGAUAUUGUGAUGUGCACUGCUCAUUUUGUUCCUGGUCAAGAAAAGUCUUCAUUGUGCCAAUUAGAUUUGUAGAAAAGUGUAUGUUGUAAUUGAUUAGUAGAAGUUUAUACAGAAGUUGCUGUGUUUUACACAUGUAGGUUUUGGAAGAAGAAAAAAUGGCUGAACGUGCUGCCAGGCUUGGAGACAUCAUGGUUCCAGAACUGAAGAAGCUGAACCCAGCUGUUGUCAAGACUGCUCGUGGCAAGGGACUUAUGAAUGCUAUAGAGAUAAGGCCGACAAAUGGUAAGAUUUGCAAGCAUUAAUUAUCACUGUAGUGUGACCUUCAAGAAUGUUCUAGAAGUAGCUGUGUCAUGCUGAGUCAUCGCUGAAUCAAUAUAUAAAUAGAAUCUGUUGUAAUGUUACAGGACGUUGUAGAUCCUCAACCAUACCUAUAAUUAAAAGCCGAGCUAGUAACUAGAUGUAGCGAGUAGUUUAGUUGCUGGUAUAGCCCGUCAGUUAUCAGUAAAGGUGUAUGUUGCAGAGUACAAGAAGUCCACACUUCAAUCACAGAAUCAUGAAUAUAAGCUUUGAAACAUAGAAUGUUUUCAAACAACAAGCCCAUGAAACACCCCCAAAAAAAUGAAAAACAGGGAAUGUGAAGGGUUGUAUAGAAAAAGAACUAAGUUAAUUUUUUCCCUUAACUACAGCUGAGGUUCAGCUCCAUUUGCUGAUGUUACUUUUAGUUCUAAUCUGUUCCUAAUCUUGUCCUUGCUCUGUAGUUUCUCAAGGUUGUCUUGUUUUUCAAAGAGUAUGAGCAAUUGAUACAAAGAAUUACACUUCAGCCUUGAUGCAACACACUGUAAAUGCCAUAAAUCUUAAGUUCCCCUGUGCAAAGUGGACAUUUUUAUGGUUGUCAUUGGCUAGGAAAUUGUCAGAACAAAAUUUCUCUUAAAUUACAUCAAAUUUUCAUAGGCUUGUGUAUGUGACUAAUACAGAUCAUAUACCAGGUAAUUUUUUAAACUUUUAUCUUUUUUUUUUUUUAGACUUUGAUGCCUGGAAGGUGUGUUUAAAACUGAAGGAUAAUGGUCUUCUAGCUAAACCUACUCAUGAUCACAUUAUUCGCUUUACACCACCUUUGGUGAUCACAGAGGAACAGCUCCACGAAUCCCUUGGAAUAAUUAGGGACACUAUUGAGUCAUUUGCUUGAGUGUGACAGUAUUGUAAAGGGUAUUCUCAUUUUUUUUUUUCAUUCUGUUUUGUUUUGUUGUUAUUUUUGUGGUUGUAAUAUGACAUGUAGGAAAAGUGUGUUUACCUGAAAUGCAUUUCAUUUUUUUUUUCCAUUUUUUUUGGUGACAAAACUGAUGUAAGGAAACACCAGGGCAGCCCUUGGGGUAUCUAUCUCCAGAUAUGUUGAAUUUUCGUAAUAGGAACUAAACAAUGUGCUAAAAUUAACCAACUAUGGUUUUGACAGUACUCAAUUAGACUUACUGAUAGACUUUUACAGGACUUUUCUUCCCUCUCUAUGUUCACUGUUGUGAUGAUUUGGACAGAAUUCACUUGGAAUGACCUGUGACGUUUGGUACAAGUAAUCUCAAGCGAGCUUUUGUAUUGCUUGUUAAAAAACAGAGCGUAAUUAUUAAGGUACAACUGUAGGUUAUUUUCGUGAAUUGUAAACAAUCUUAAGAUACAGUGAGCUUCUUUUUUUGUUGUAUAUCGAUGUAAGUGGGUUGUCAAUAGACUUUUCCCUGCUCAAAAGACUGCCUAAAAGGGAUAUUUCACCUUAGCCAUUGUAUUAGGAAAGUUUGAAUGUUUCGUCAUUUAAAAGGGCCAUUCUUUAGGUUAGCAUGACAGAUAAGACUGACAAGGGAAAAACACAGUCACAACACUCAUUUCAUUCCAUAUACUAACAAAUCUUUUGUUUACUAACAACUGUAACUGAUAUAUUAGAUCGUAGUAGCACAAGAAAGUUAAUUAGCACAAUUAUUUGGCAGAAUUGCACAAGGUAAAUAGUCGAGCAAGCCAAAACAUAACAGAAGUAUAGAAAAUUAUCACACUAAUAGUCAUUAAAACAAUGUAACAUUAUCAUAAAGUAGAGCACACUGCACAACCCACAGCCUUCACAUUUGGUUAGCUUUUGGAAGCAGACCUCACAGUGAAUGGUGGAAGAGAAGAGAAGCGAAGCCAAACCAAGAAUCCUUUUUGUGGUUGAUAAACUCAUGGAAGUUAUCCCCAAGGAGGUGUAUUAUUUUUUGUUAUAUUUUUAAUGUUUUUGUUUUUUUUUUUGAGGGAGGGGCACAAUCAUUCAUGAGACAGAAGACAUAAGACUGAAGUAAAAACUCAAGGAGUUGAUGGUGUUGCAUGUCAUUUUAAGGAAAUUUAUAUAAUUAUUUGAAAACUGUAUUUACACAGUCCUGCCAGUAUUCAUUUACUAGUUCAACAUAAUUUAACAUGGAAAAAACAGUUAGAUUAUCAAUUAUUUUUAUAUAUUUUUUUUGUUUUAGCUUUGAGACAAAUAAUUUACAUAUGAGACAAGAUGAAUUGAACUUGCCAAUGUGUUUACUAGAGAAUCCAUUUGCUGCUUCAAUUCUGUGUGAUACACCGUGUUAAAAUACAUAUAUGUAACAGCUAAGUUUUAAAAGUUAUAGACAGUAUUAACAGUAAUUUGCUAACAAUGGUAAAAUUUUGGUACAGCCCCAUGCUGUUAUCAAAUAAAGUCUUAGUGCUGAAUGCAAUCUUGCUAUUGUUUCCUUUAACUAAGAACUGUAUGCAUAGUGUAGUAUGGGGCUGUGCAGAGGAAAUCUUACCCUAACAACAGACUAAGCAAUAUAACAGUAGAGUAAUGUUAAGUACUAAUAAGACAAUAUAUCCCUUCAACUGGACUGUGUUGGUGCAGACCUGAAAUGCCCACCGUCUGAGUUGAGGAAGAAGAUGAUGAUGAUGAAGAAGCGGAAAAUGAAACUGAAGUGUCUGAGUGGUUGAUAAUGGUGUAUCCCACUGGAUCUUCAUAUUUCUUGUACCAAGGAUGCAAGUGUAGUACUGUGUCAAUUGGUUUUCAAGAAAUGCUAACAGAAACUGGACAAGACAGUAUAGCAAACAGCUACAAUGGACAAAAAAAUUGACUCGUUUGUUUUUGUUUAUGUCAAAGUGUUGUGUUACAGUUAUCAAGAGAAUCUGUUAUGUUUUUGUUUGUAAAUGGAAUCUGGCAAUCCUGUGCCUCAUUCUUUAUGUGUAUCUAUAAACCUAGCAACUGAAUACCAUGACUGAAUGAAAUCUGUGCAGUGCUAUGGAGGUGUGUGGCUCUCCUUGGAAAGAUUAAAUUAGGAACAGACUGUUGAAAUAUCCACAAGUGACUAAAACUGACGUAACCAGGAAACAUUCCAGUGAAGAAUCAUGGAAGUGGAAGGACAUCACUGGUUUGACUUCAAAACAAGACUUGUUACUUCACGCAAACGUUAAGAUAGAAACCAGCUAAGCAAUCAAAGUAAGGUGGAACAUAUGAAUGACUAUCUCAUGGAUUUUAAGGAGGGGUUAAGGAAAUGCCUCCUUCUUAUCCUUUGUGUUCUUGGACUGAAAUUUUUUAGGAAAAAAUUGUAUAGGCCUCCAAACAAGACAGAGACAGAGACAGAGACAGAGAUCAGGAACAGACAAGACAACAAACAGAUCAAUUUUUAACAGUUGAAAACACUACGUACGAAAGAGGAAUCCAUACAGAGGGGAGGGGAGGAGGAGGAGGAGGCAAAUAAAAGUUGCACAGCUCUGCAGAAAGAGCGGCGACAGUGACCCAAGCAAGCAUCAGCAACAAUGACAGCAGGUGGAGAGUUGAAGCCAUGAACUUCCUCUACACCUGGUGAUAGACUAUUUUACGACAAAAUGUUAACUACUCACUAUACUUGAACUUUAAAGUGGAAUGAAGUGUGUGAAGAAGACAACAAAAAGAGGAAAUCUUACCAGGAGAUAUGAAAAGGUCCAACAAGAAACUCUUGAGCACAAACAGUUUGUGGACAGCUCACAAACACAGAUUUCAACAAUGUACUAAACAUGUAUCACAUUAACAAGUUAAUCAACUAAUUAACAACACGACUUGACUGUAAGGAACAUGGUGUGUCCUCAGAGAAGCAGCAAAUAUUUAACUCUUCCACCCCACUAGUGAUCACACUUUAAAUUCUCUUUACAGGCUUGAUACCCUGUGAAACAGUCAGGUAAUAAGAAGUAAGAAAAUCAUCGUAUAGUUUGGAUGAAAUACUUAAUCUUUGUAGUAGUUAAAAAAAAGAAUAUUUUCCUGUUGGUUGGGAGUAUUAGUUUACUAAUCUGGAGAGAAAACGUGUCACGGAAGCUGUACAUUUACAUCUUUUUCAGUGAGACACGUCUCUUUAGUUGGUUUCAAGCUGUAAUUUUGAACUGUAGAAAUGGCUCUUUAAGGUUGUUGUGCUUAAUCUUUCUAAUGACAUGCAAAACAUCAUUCCAGACAAACGAGACUGUACUGAGACUAAAACCAAUGGUACUGUUAUUUGGAUAUGGUAGAAAUUACUUAAGGGUUCAGAGAGUCAGUGGCUAGGGUGAAAUGUCCAUUUCAACAAAUGUUUUUUUUGUUUGUUUGUUUGUUUGUUUUUUUAUCGUCGUUUUUCUUAAGCAAGAACAGUGAAUAUGGCAGUGUUACACUUACAACACUAGGGAACCAAACCUUAUGUUUUGUCAACGAUAGUAUUGUUUUGCAACUUUUCUCCAGCAUGGCUCUUGUGAGCCUAUGAUUAAAGCUUAUUGAUGUUUUUCUUUUCCGUUUUUUUUUUCUCAUUUUUUCCUUCACGUUUUAAAUCCGUAGCAAAGUAUUUAAAGGUGUUAAUGUGAGUUGAACUGAGUGUAGUAUAAUUUAACUUUUAAUGUUAGUAGAAAAACUCUGUUCCUGGUUAUUACCAUCAUGUGUUGAGGAACUUUGUUAUGUUUAUCUCUACACCCACCCUACGAAUUGAGCCCCAUAGAUCAUCUAUCUGGCAAGCUCUAGCUUGGACACGUCUUAGUAAUGCGUUGACAAAGCACCUUGUUGUAUCUUUAUUUUACUAUCAUGGUAAAUAAUAGGGAUAUUAAAGGUCUGACUAA